AUGGGUCAACGAUAUGGUGCCUUCACCCUAAUUAUCAUUGGCGAGGGUUUCAUUUCGGUCAUCCGAGCCUUCAAUCUGGCUAUAUCUGGCUUUAGUAUAACCAGCGCAGUCACCUAUCCCCAAGUUAUUUUAGCUAUUUCUAUCAUGUACUUACUCUUCACCUUCCUAUUUACCCAUUUUGACCCGAAAAUCAAAAUAGGAACCAGGUGUGCUCUCGUAUGGGAGGCCAUACAUUUUCCGAUGCACUUCAACCUACUCUUACUACUGGCUGCAUUAGUUGUGAGUAUGUCUAGUUAUAUCCGGACCAUUGAGGCUAUAACCAACGGAACUGACAUUACUCUGCUGGAACAACAUAACGUUGCGCGUUAUUUCGACCAACUUUAUCUAGAACCCGAUUAUAAUACCGAAAUGUCCCUGCUGCGAAAUUUAAGUACUGUAGACAUUCCGGUUGAGGAUCCAACCAUACUAGCCUAUCAAUAUCUAGGACAGAUCAUGUUCCAGGUAACAAAUAAUUACGGGAUCGAACUUGAGGAUAGCAUGGUAAGAAAUUUAGAAAACCUCUACGCUUUGAAUACAACCUGGUCGACCGAUGAAUCAGCCAGAACUACUAUGCAAAGUGAAGCUUAUCUUUUACUACGAGACAUUAUACAAGAACCGGCUACAUCUUCAUUAUCUGGCAUUUUAUGGCUUUUCCCCACAGCUGGCAUCGCUCUUAUAUUCUGUGCUAUACGGUCAAUGCUUUGGCAUCGAUACAAAGGUAUCUGUCACUCUAUCAUUCACGGUAUAUGGGUAUUACUUGGACUGGUCCUUUGCUCAUUAGGCCUUCUUGACAUCGGGAAAAAGGAUUUCGACAUUUUCGCCAGUUCAGUAGAGGCUGAACUGAGCGGCAUCAAUCCCAUGUACUGGCUGAUUCACACUCGGACGCCUCUUCUCAUAGUUGUCGCUGUCUAUCUAUUCGCCUACAUUGCGACUUUAAUGUAG